AUGGCAACCAUUCCAACAUUAGAACAAGGCAAGUUGUACGAUCACAAUCCUGUUCUCUUGGCUGAAAGAGAGCAUCUUGCCGAAGAGAUUCUCAUCAACAAACAAUUGCUUAUUGAUUAUGAUCGCAAACGCAAUUCCAAUCGAGAAGGUCUUAAUCAAUGGAAAAAGACUGGUGGUCUGGUGAAUGAAAAAAAAGCAUGGAUUCAGUUUGGAGAUAUGUUUGUUCGUCUUCCUAGUGAAACUGCCAAGACAAUGAUUGAGAAAGAUCAAGAAUCUCUGAACAAGACAAUGGAUGAGACAAGAGACAACAUGAGAACUGCUACAAUCAAGCUUCAAGAAAUGGAAGGAAGCAAGAAGAUGGCUGGAUUUGACCUCAAAAGUCUACGUGCCAGGGAUGUGUACAACCUUUGA